UCCGGAGACGCCAUUUUGCCGUGAGACAGCAGCAGCAGCAGCAGCAGCAGCAGUCCGGGAAGCGGCGGGGUUUCUGAAGCUAACGAUGCUGUCGACAGCAGGCUACGCCGAGCCCGCGCUUGGCCUGGGUUGUGAGGCGAAGCAGGGCUCUGCCGUGCAACACCGCUUCUCCCCUUACACCUUCAAUGGCGGGACCAUAUUGGCAAUUGCUGGUGAAGACUUUUCUAUUGUUGCCUCAGACACCCGGCUGAGUGAAGACUAUGCAAUUCAUAGCCGGGACAGUCCAAAAUGCUACAAACUGACAGAUACAACGGUCAUUGGUUGCAGUGGAUUUCACGGAGACUGCCUUACACUUACUAAAAUUAUUGAAGCAAGGCUAAAGAUGUACAAACAUUCCAAUAACAAGACCAUGAGUGCUGGAGCUAUUGCAGCCAUGCUUUCUACAAUCCUGUAUUCUCGAAGAUUCUUCCCUUACUAUGUUUACAACAUAAUUGGUGGAUUAGAUGAAGAAGGAAAGGGUGCAGUGUACAGCUUUGAUCCGGUAGGCUCCUACCAGAGAGAUACUUUCAAAGCUGGUGGAUCAGCUAGUGCCAUGCUGCAGCCUCUGCUGGACAACCAGGUUGGUCUGAAGAACUUGCAGAAUGUGGAGCAUGUGUCUUUGUCUCUGGAGAAGGCUUUGCAGUUAGUCAAGGAUGUCUUUAUUUCUGCUGCAGAAAGAGAUGUAUACACUGGGGAUGCACUAAAAAUCUGCAUUAUCACAAAAGAUGGAAUUAAAGAAGAAAUGACUCCAUUGCGAAGAGACUAAAUCAGUGCACUGUACAUUUAAAUAAUUUUGGUGUGCAACCUUAAUUUUUGUGCAGGCUAUAUACUGCUGGUAUGAUAUUUGAUGUAAUAAAAAAGAAACCAAA